AUGGACGAACGUAUUCGAAUGUUUCUCUUCCUCACCUUCAUCGUUUCUAAGACAAAUGAGAUGAGCGUGUAUACUCGUAUUCAGAACCCAGAAAUCCUCCCAGUCGUUGCUGUUCCUAAAUUGCUAUCCAUCAUGGACGUUCGGUUUGAGGAUGGAUACCAGAAUGGAGCAUCCGUGAGCAUCACAUCUGGGCGAACCCACAACCUCACAUGUUCAGUCCAAGACGCAAGACCACCUGCAGAACUAGAGUGGGACGUUCCUGAAGAAGUACAAAUUCGACUGGACGAUCAGUAUAAUGCUGUUCAUGGUGAAGCUUAUACCUCUAAAAGAGUCGUUUCUGUAAAUCCCUCGAGAGAGGAUGAUGGAAAGAUUUUGCGUUGUAUGGCUUCGCAUCGGGAGCUGGAUAGUGGGCUGCAAAUGUUCAUCCGUCUGGAUGUUCAAGUCUCGCCAACUAACCUACGGAUCACCGCAUCUGAUCUAAUGACUAUCGACGAAGCAGGAACAAGAAGUGUCAUGGUCUUUGAAGACUUGACAACAUCAUUCAACUGCAAGAGUGUAGGGUCUCGCCCUAAGGCCGUCAUAUCAUGGAUCAUUGGUUCGGACUACGACCUGGGUCGCACGACCUCUACGUCUACCACGAAUGAGGCCGACCAAGGUUUACGUGAUACCCAGUCUACUCUACAGUUGAUUCCAAAAAGGUGGCAUCACAAACAACUUCUCCGAUGUGUGGCCUAUGCUGGUAUGAACCAACGUCAAACGGAAGUGAGGGUUAUCGUCUAUGAUGUCAAAAUGACAACUCCCGAUGAUCUACGAGAUGGUAUAGAAACCAACGUAAGCUGCAGAGCUGUUAAUGGAUACCCUGCUCCGCUCAUCCAUUGGUACAUCGGAUCGAGAAAUGUGACACAUGACUCGUCUCUUAAGGCUUCAAUGAAUGUAGAUGAUAGUUAUGAUGCUGAAAGCACCCUCAACCUCAAUCCAAACAGGUUUUAUCACGUCCUCCCAGUCGUUGGAGAGAAUAUCACACUUGCCUGCAUUUAUACGCCACCAUCCACGUCUCGGCUACUGUCUUGGCAGGAUGAGAACGGCAAUAUACUGGCUAUCGAUAAAUGUCAAGGAGUUGGAUGCAGCAACGAGCUAAAUGUUCCAGAUGUAUCAAAGUACAGUUUGAGGGCAGAUUCUUCCAGCGGAAAUCUAACUAUUAGGGAUUUAACAUUGGAUGACAGCGGCAGAUACCAGUGCUUAGUAGGCACUUUUUCUGAUGCAGCUUCCGAUGCGAUUGAUCUGAAAGUGGUGCUAUCAGCCGAACCUAGAUUGCUAUCCAUCACUGACGGCCGGACUGAGACUGGAUACAAGAAUGGAGAAUCAGUGAGCAUCACAUCUGGGCGAACCCACAACCUAACAUGUUCAGUCCAAGACGCUAGACCACCUGCAAAACUAGAAUGGCACAUUCCUGAAGAAGUGCAGGUUCAACUGAAAGAUCAGUAUAACGCUGUUCAUGGUGACGCUUACACCUCUCGAAGAGUUGUUUCCGUAACUCCGUCCAGGGACGAUGAUGGAAAGGUUUUCCGCUGUGUGGCAUCGCAUCGAGAGCUGGAUAAUGAGCUUCAAAUAUUCAUCCAAUUAGAUGUUCAAGUACCACCAAAUGACCUCCAACUUACCGCGUAUGGAUCCAUAGCUAUCAAUGUAACAGAGACACGAAGUGUCAACGUAUUUGAAGAUUCUGCAACAUCAUUCACCUGCAAUAGUGUAGGAUCUCGUCCAAAAGCUGUUAUAUCAUGGAUCAUUGGUUCGGACGACGACCUAGGAAGCACGACAUCUACAUCUACCACGAAUGAGGCCGACCAAAGUCUACGUGACACGAAGUCCAUUCUACAGUUGAUUCCAAGGAGGAGGCAUCACAAUAAACUCCUUCGAUGUGUGGCCCAUGCUGGUAUAAAUCAAAGUCACACAGAAGUGAGGGUUAUAGUGUUUGGACCACCGGAUUCUCCCUACCUAAGUGGAAUGGGAUGGUUGCAGGAUGGAGUGUCAUCAAACAUGACUUGCACAUCCAACAAUGGCUACCCAGCACCAACCUUCCAGUGGUACCUUGGAUCGAAGAACGUUACCAAAGAUUCUAAUACAGAGUCUUCGAGGAAUAUAGAUCAUCGACUGGAUGCCAUGAGCGUUUUAAAUUUCACACCCACCGUAGACGAAGAUGAUUCUCCUGCCAUUGUGGACUACUCUGUUCGUCGGGUUUACAUUGGUCACCACAAUGUUGAUGCCAUGCUUACAUGUAUUUCAGAAAGCAGACCCCUAGCCUCAAUAACCUGGUUCUUGAAUGGCAAGGAACUCAUCAAUGGCACCCGCCAUCACAUUCACCACAGUCAUCCACAAGAAGAUACCUUAAGUUGGUUCAUUAUCACUAGUGUAAGAUCGAGCAGCUACCUGAGCAACACCAGUGUUACGGUAUCAGCUGAACAGCCGUACGACAUCACAUGUGAAGCAUACGGAGCAAGACCUCCAUCGUUACUGGAAUGGCGUAUACCAGAUGAUGUAACCGUUGUUCGUCAAGAUCAAUCUGAUGUCGUACGAGGCAAAAGCUAUGUCUCUCAGAACACUGUUACAAUCACACCAUCUAGGAAUGAUCAAGGAAAGAAUCUCGGCUGCGUAGCGUCACAUCCAAAACUACAAAAUGAUCUUCAACGCUCAGUUCAACUGAAUGUUCAGGCCACACCUAGCUUCCUAUCCAUCACCGAUGAUAAGUCUGAGGAUGGAUACAAGAAUGGAUCAUCCGUGAGCAUCAUAUCUGGGCGAACCCACAACCUAACAUGUUCAGUCCGAGACGCUAAACCACCUGCAAAACUGAAGUGGCUGAUUCCUGAAGAAGUGCAGGCUCGCCUGGAAGAUCAGUAUAACGCUGUAUAUGGUGACGCUUACACCUCUCGGAGAGUUGUUUCUGUAACACCGUGCAGGGACGAUGAUGGAAAGAUUUUUCGGUGUCUGGCCUCGCAUCGGGAGCUUUAUAAUGAACUUCAAAUGUUCAUCCACUUAGAUGUUCAAGUACCGCCAAGUGACCUCCGGCUUACCGCCUACGUGUCCAUAGCCACCAGUCCAACAGAGACAAAAAGUGUCAUAGUCUUUGAACACUCGGCAACAUCAUUCACCUGCAAGAGUGUAGGAUCUCGCCCUUCAGCUGUUAUAUCAUGGAUUAUUGGUUCGGACGACGACCUAGGAAGCAUGACAUAUACAUCCACCAACAAUCUGGCCGACCCAGGUUUACGUGACACAACAUCUAAUCUACAGUUAAUUCCAAAGAGGAGGCAUCACAAUCAAUUUCUCAGAUGUGUGGCCGAUACUGGUAUGAACCAACUUCAAACAGAAGUGCGGGUUAUCGUCCAUGAUUAUCCUGUCAUUGUGGACUACUCUGUUCGUCGGGUUUCCAGUGGUCAAAAGAGCGUUGAUGCCAUUCUCACAUGCACAUCAGAUAGCAGACCCCUGGCCUCAAUAACCUGGUUUUCUAAUGGCGCGGAGAUCAACAACAGCAACCGCCAUCAGAUUCACCACAGUCUUCUUCAAGAAGAUACCUUGAGGUCGAGUAAUUUGGAUAUUUCUAAUAUUUCGGCAGAAGACGAUGGCAACUAUACGUGUUCGGCUGAGACAAGGCUUGGGAACGACAGCGCAACUAUAACCUUGUCAUAUUCUGGAUGUCAAAGGCUGGAGCAUAUCCGAGCAACGAGGGAUGAAACGCCUAUAGAAGUUGACGAGUGCCAGGAAUCCACGGAGCUGGCGAUGAGAAGAAGGACGACCGAAUUCGCGGACCUCCUUCACGAGGAGCCUUAA